UAGGCGAGACGUGUCUCGCGCGUUUCCUUGUAUUCUUUCUGCGUUGUUUAGAGCACUGAUAAUGGCGAUUAGGGAAGUGGAGUGGUAAGCAACAGAGCAAGCUGGGCGGCUGGGCGCCCUUGAAGUCGAAUCUGCUACACUUAAUCCUGACAAUGGUGUUGCUUUCGCCAACCACUACGAGAACCGGAUUAUUCCAACUCUCCUCUUCUUCAGUCCCAUCACUAAAUAACAAGAAAAGGAACAAUUCCAUCAUAGCUCGAACCACUCCUUCCAGAACCAAGAGGAUAAUGGAAAGUAUAUCUGUGAGUGGAGAGGUGGGAGGAGCUGGUGGCGCAUACACUUACACUGCUUUAAAAAGAUUGGACCAGCUGUGGUCUAACAUUUGCUCUGAUGCAAAUGUGGUCACCGGAUUACCAACACAAGUAGUUACGAAAAUGUCUGGAUCCUAUAAGGAUUAUGAAUUUGGUGGACGAUCUCAAGAAGUAUUUGAUGUUGUAGUUUGUGGAGGUACUCUUGGUAUCUUUCUUGCCACUGCCUUGUGUUCCAAAGGUCAUCGUGUUGGAAUUGUGGAAAAGAAUGUUUUGAAGGGGCGAGAACAGGAGUGGAAUAUUUCAAGGAAAGAACUUCUGGAACUAUUAGAAGUUGGUAUUUUGACAGAAGAUGAGCUAGAAAGGACCAUCUCUUCCAGUUUCAAUCCUAACAGAUGUGGAUUUGAAGGAAGGGGUGACAUUUGGGUCGAGAACAUUCUCAACCUUGGUGUUUUGCCCUCAAAGCUUGUUCAGAUCAUGAAAGAUCGCUUUGAUUCGUUUGGAGGCGUCACCUUUGAGGGUCACAAUGUAUCCACUGUAAACGUGUACAAGGAUGGAGUGGUUUUGUGUUUAGAUGAGGAAAAGGUUUUGUCAUCACGACUCAUUAUUGAUGCAAUGGGGAACUUUUCUCCUAUAGUAAAACAUGUUAGAUGUGGAAGCAAACCCGAUGGUGUUUGCCUGGUGGUUGGUUCUUGUGCUCGUGGAUUUAAAGACAACUCUACAAGUGAUGUUAUUUUCAGUAGUUCAUCUGUCAAGGAAAUCGGAGAGUCAAAAGUACAUUAUUUUUGGGAGGCAUUUCCAGCUGGUUCAGGUUCCACAGAUCGGACUACUUAUAUGUUCACGUAUGUUGACCCUCAACCUGGAUGUCCAAAACUGGAAGAGUUACUUGAGGACUAUUGGGACUUGAUGCCUAGCUAUCAGGGAGUUUCUUUUGACAGUCUGGAGAUCUUAAGAGUUGUGUUUGGCAUAUUCCCAACAUAUCGUGACAGUCCACUACCAGCAGCCUUUGAUCGUGUUCUGCAGUUUGGAGAUGCGAGUGGUAUACAGUCGCCUGUUUCUUUUGGUGGUUUUGGCAGUUUGUCUCGACACCUUAGUAGAUUAACCAACGGCAUAACUGAAGCACUUGAAGGGAACUUCCUCGAUUGUAGGAGCUUGUCACUGUUGAAUCCAUACAUGCCCAACUUAAGUGCAUCAUGGUUAUUUCAAAGGGCAAUGUCAGCUAAGAAACACUCUGAUGUUCCUCCAGAAUUCAUUAACGAUCUUCUCUUAUCCAAUUUCAAAAGCAUGCAGCAACUAGGGGAUCCUGUGUUGAGGCCGUUUCUUCAGGAUGUCAUACAGUUUGGGCCGCUUGUCAAGACACUCGGCCUAGUAAUGUUUACUAACCCAAAAAUUCUUCCGUCAAUAUUCAAGCAGGUUGGAAUUCCAGUGCUUCUUGAUUGGUCUGGGCACUUCUUCAUGUUGGGAUGCUAUACAUUUCUGUCUAUCUACCUUGAACCUGCAAUAAGGCCCUUGAUAAACACAUUCCCGGCCAAGAUGAGAUAUGAGUGGAAGCGUAGGCUCGAGGCCUGGAAAUAUGGAGCUGGUUUAGAUUACAAACAAUGACACAGAUCAAAUGAGGAGUAUCUACCUGACACUUUCAUAAAUACCAGAUUACCACUUUGUAUACAUAAGAUUCUGACUCAUCAUUCUCACUUGAGAACAGACUUUCUUUUAUUGGAGGCCUGAAUUUUAUGCAGUAAUACACAACAUGAACGGGGAGUUAACUAUAUAAACUUAAGCCUGAGUUUGAUAAUGUUUUGCUUGUGGACUGAAGUUAGUUUCUUUUCGUUUUAGGGACCGAUUCUAUUUUUGUACUAUUAACUAACCUCCUUUGCGAUGAAGAUUGUCCCAAACGAGAAUUUGUAAGGCACUUUUUCUUUCAAAUUUCAGUUUGCACCAUAUUUAUAAACAAAUUUA